CUAAGACAAUUCAACUAUUAUGAUUGUGAAUAUUAUUAAUAUUAGUUUAUUACCACAUGCCUGGUACAUAGCAUUGUGCUGACACUUAGCAAUUAGAAUUAAGGGGGUAUAUACUGUAUUAUGUAUGCUAUAUAGCCUAGAGUAACAUAACCUCUUCUAUCACCUAUUAUCCUCCGGUAAAUAUAUAAAAUACAUACAAGAAUAUAAACAGGAUAACUCUCCAGAGACCAAAAGUGGUCUGCUGGAGGUCCGGCAGCAGGGUGCGAUACUCAGUAAGCAGAUGGUGUCUGGAUGAAAGAGGAUGUUUGAAGGGAGGAGGGGUGUGUGUGUGUGUGUGUGUGUGUGUGUGUGUGUGUAGGGGGGUAUAGAGGGAGGUCGCAUUGUUCAGCUCCAUCCCACAUUACACCGCGCUACGCCCGGUACUGAAAGUGACAGCACCGCUCCCCGACUCCAUCCCUGCUGCUUUACUGCGCUGUGAUCUCACACACACACACACACACACACACACACACAAAACACACUCAUCUAAUCUCCAGGACCUCUCUAUUUCCCUAUGGCUAUGUCUUUCCAAGGCAAGAAGAACAUUUCCCGUGCUACGAGUGACAAGAUCAUCAUCAAAGGAGGGAAAAUUGUGAAUGAUGACCAGUCAUUCUACGCUGAUAUCUUUAUCGAGGAUGGGGCCAUCAAGCAGAUCGGGGAAAACCUAAUUGUACCCAGUGGGGUGAAAACUGUGGAUGCUUAUGGGCACAUUGUUAUCCCAGGGGGCAUUGAUGUGAACACCAGCUUUCUAGCACCCCAUUUGGGAAUGAUGCCCGCUGAUGACUUUUACCAUGGCACACGCGCUGCCCUGGCAGGAGGCACCACCAUGAUCAUCGACCAUGUUAUUCCUGAACCUGGCAUCAGCUUGCUGAAUGCUUAUGACCAGUGGAGGGAUAUAGCAGAUAUGCGAUCAUGCUGCGAUUACUCACUGCACAUGGACAUCACCCGCUGGCAUGAGGGACUGUUCGAGGAGCUUGAAUCUUUGGUUAAAGACAAAGGUGUUAACUCCUUCCUGGUUUUCAUGGCUUAUAAAGACAGGUAUCAGAGCUCAGAUUCACAGAUGUAUGAGAUAUUCUCCAUUCUGAGAGAUUUGGGGGCGAUCGCUCAAGUGCAUGCUGAGAAUGGGGAUAUUAUUGAAGAGGAGCAGAAGAAGAUGUUGGAUACGGGGAUCACAGGCCCUGAAGGACAUGUGCUAAGCCACCCAGAGGAGGUGGAGACGGAGGCUGUGUAUCGAGCCAUCACCAUUGCUAAACAGGCCAACUGCCCUCUCUAUAUCACCAAGGUGAUGAGUAAAGAUGCUGCUGAUAUCAUUGCCAAAGCCAGGAAAAAGGGCAUAGUAGUUUAUGGAGAGCCAAUUGCAGCUAGUCUUGGAACAGAUGGGUCACACUAUUGGAGCAAAAACUGGGCCAAAGCUGCUGCCUUUGUCAUGUCUCCACCUCUUAAUCCAGAUGUGGGAACCCCAGACUACCUCAAUUCCAUGCUGUCCUGUGGAGAUCUUCAGGUUUCAGCCAGCGCUCACUGCACAUUCUCCACUGCUCAGAAAGCUGUAGGAAAAGACAACUUCACACUCAUUCCUGAAGGGACCAAUGGCAUCGAGGAACGCAUGAGCAUAAUCUGGGACAAGGCUGUCGCAACAGGUAAAAUGGACGAGAACGAGUUUGUGGCAGUAACGAGCACAAAUGCAGCCAAGAUUUUUAAUAUGUACCCUCGCAAAGGCAGAAUCGCAGUGGGCUCGGAUGCUGAUCUUGUCAUCUGGAACACCAAAGAGACCAAAACCAUCUCAGCCAAAACUCACAAUCUGACUGUGGAGAUGAAUAUAUUUGAGGGCAUGGAGUGCAAGGGCUUUCCCAUGGUUGUCAUCAGCCAAGGCAGUAUUGUUCUGGAGGAUGGCAAGUUGGAUGUGCUGGAGGGUUCAGGCCGCUUUGUCCCAAGAAAAGCCUUUCCAGACUAUGUGUAUAAGAGGAUCAAAGCCCGGAGCAGGAUGGCAGAGGCUCGUGGUGUUCCUCGAGGCAAUUAUGAUGGUCCAGUCCAUGAUGUAAUCAGCAUGACCAAAUCUGUGCCACCGACUCCCACCACCAGGGGGUCCACUUGUCCAGGGAAGAGUGUAUUGGGGCCAGCUAGAAACCUGCACCAAUCAGGAUUCAGCCUGUCUGGAACUCAGAUGGAUGACCACAUUCCCAGGCGUACAGCACAGCGGAUUGUAGCGCCACCUGGAGGCAAAUCCAACAUCACAUCCCUCUCAUGAGGUGUGUCCACUGAAGAAAAACAUGCAAAUAUCCACAAUUGGCUUCCAGUUUAUUAUAUAACAAUAACAUCAUGCAAGCAACAUUUCAUUCAUAAUCUUACUAUGACUUCACUUCCAAACUGCAAAGUCCCACAUAGUAGCAUGUAACAUUUUCCAGAAUGUCCAUUCCCUACUCUGUACUAAGACCCUUUACAGCUUUUACAUACACUCAGUAGCACUCAUAAUGUGAUGGAAAUGAAUAGUCAGUGAUUGUAUUGUCUGUAUUAUACUGAAGUGUAUGGAUGACAUCCUAUGUUGCCUUUGAAACAGUGCUUUUCCUGUCUGAUGUGUUCUGGUUUGAGACUGGAUUUUUCUAAGAGGGGCCAUGUGUCCGUGUCUGUGUGUACUUUGAACAAGCUACAUAUAGAUUGUCUUAGCUUUGAAAUAAAGAUAGAUUUGGUGUAGUUAGGUGUAUAUAUUAGUAAAGUAAUAAAGAGCCAAUAGGCUAGUGGUUGAGUGUUAAAUAUCUAAGGCCUUAUUUUUCAAAGAAAGCAACAUGUAAGCAAGAGUGGACUGUAAUUCAUUACACAUGAAGAGUCAUUGCUUUCCAUCUGCGGGCAUCAACCCGGUCAUUUUAGUGUUUUGAUUGUGAAACAUUUGGUGCUCUUUAACAUGCUACUGUGAAGAACAUAACUUUUCUUAUCCCUUACUGUCUAAUCUACUUUAAUGUAAACCUCUCAUUUUUACUUUUGAAAAGGCCUCAAUUACAAAUGGCCAUUUUUAUAUAGCCAAAAUACACAAACUUUACUAGUCAGGAUCGUUUGUAUUUAUUUAUUUAGAUUUUUUGUUCAAAAUGUGCAAAUCAGUGAUGCGCCGAUCACUGCCAGUCAAGCCAGUCAGGAAGCCAGUCAAUAAAUUUUUCUUCUUCUA